CCAGGUUAGGGUGGCGGCGCCACGGCGGGUCUGGGGACCUAAACCAACCGAGAUCUCCCGAGGCUCGCGAGAGCGCCCGCUUCUCUAGCGGCUUAGGGGACCCAGUGCCUGUGAUGGCUCCAGUGUCGGGUUCCCGCAGCCCAGAGAGGGAGGCCUCGGGCUCCGGGUCGAAGCGUCGCAGCUCGUCAAGGAGCCCUAAGCCCAGCAGAUCCGCCCGCUCCCCGCGGGGCCGCCGCUCGCGCUCGAGCUCUCGCUCGCACUCCUGCUCUCGCUCUGGGGACCGGAAUGGUCUCAGCCAUCAGCUGGGUGGCUUCAGCCAAGGGUCCCGAAACCAGUCCUACCGAUCCCGCUCCCGAUCCCGCUCCCGGGAGCGGCCCUCUGCGCCGCGGGGCAACCCCUUCUUUUCUGCCUCCUCGACUGCGUAUUAUGGCGGCUACUCGCGUCCCUACGGAAGUGACAAGCCGUGGCCUAGCCUUCUGGACAAGGAGAGGGAGGAGAGCCUGCGGCAGAAGAGAUUAAGUGAGAGAGAAAGGAUUGGAGAAUUGGGAGCUCCUGAAGUAUGGGGACUUUCUCCAAAGAAUCCAGAACCAGACUCUGAUGAACACACACCAGUAGAGGAUGAUGAGCCAAAGAAAAGCAGUACUUCAGCUUCUACUUCAGAAGAAGAAAAGAAGAAGAAGAAGAAGUCUGGUCAUUCGAAAGAAAGGUCCAAGAAAAGGAGAAAGAAAAAAUCCUCUAAAAGAAAACACAAGAAGUAUUCUGAUGACAGUGACAGUGACUCUGACUCUGACACAGACUCCAGUGGUAAGAAUUCCAGCAUCACUUUGCAAGCCUGGCUUCCAAAUUCAUUUUACUUGAUUUUCAUCAGCCUUUCAUUGCCUAAAAAAUGUGAGAUUCCCUUUAAUGUGGGACUAUUAAGUGUAUUUGUAUCAAAUUAUAAUUACAGGAAGAAAUACAAGAAAAAGAAAUCUAAGAAGAGUAGAAAAGAUUCCAGUGAUUCAAGCUCUAAAGAUUCCCAGGAAGAGUUUCUGGAGAAUCCCUGGAAGGAUCGAUCAAAGCCUGAAGAACCCUCAGAUUUAAUUGGCCCAGAGGCUCCAAAAACACUUGCCUCUCAGGAUGAUAAACCUUUGAACUAUGGCCAUGCUCUGUUACCUGGUGAGGGUGCAGCUAUGGCUGAAUAUGUAAAAGCUGGGAAACGUAUCCCAAGAAGAGGUGAAAUUGGCUUGACAAGUGAAGAAAUUGCAUCAUUUGAAUGCUCGGGUUAUGUAAUGAGUGGUAGCAGGCAUCGCCGAAUGGAGGCCGUGCGACUGCGGAAAGAGAACCAGAUCUAUAGUGCUGAUGAGAAGAGAGCCCUGGCGUCCUUUAACCAAGAAGAGAGGCGAAAGAGAGAAAACAAGAUUCUGGCCAGUUUUCGAGAGAUGGUAUACAGAAAAACUAAAGGGAAAGAUGACAAAUAAGGAUUUUCUGAUUGUUAAGCAGACAUUUUUAACAACAAAAAAAGAAAGUCUGGGUUCUAUAUAUACAUACAAAAAGAUUAUGACCUGAAAAAGCUUUACAGUGCUACUGUGCCUUCUAUUUAAUUCUUUCAGUCCUUCAAUAAAAAGCUGCUUAUUGAUAUAAUUUUA